AUGGACGCGGUGACCGAAUUCUACCGCUCGCAGAUCGGCGGCACGUCCGUCAUCAACUACGCAUACACGGACAUGCCAACCCGUCUCCUUGUCAAGGACAUCUACUACUUCUUCGUCUACUCGUGGGCCCUGCCCCGGGUCCUGUCCCCGAUAGGCCUGUGGGCUUCUGGCGAGCUGGCCGAGCUGUACCCCAGCUGGCCCAACUUGUUUUGCGUCCUUGUCCAUGUCAUCCUGGCCGUUUUCCAGCUCUUCUUCAUCCUGGCCCUGCCGCUCGCCGUCCUGCUCCCCAUCUGGGCCGCGGCCGGCGCCGUGGCGGUCUUUCUGCUGUUGAACUGGCUUCUCUGCAAGCUGCUCAAUGGACCAGGCUUCAUCUUCCACUCAGACGCCAAGUACGCCAGGGAGCGGCCCGAACACGCACACGAGCAGUGGGUGUUUCUCAACGGCGUCACUAUCGGUGAGCACUGGAUGAAGAGUAACCUGAACCGCCUGGCCCUCACCUUUGGGCGCCCUGUCAUGGGCAUACACAACCGGACCAGUGGAAUGCUGUUCGAUAUCAUCGAGUGUCUGAUCCAGCGCAACUUCACCUACGCCACGGCCGACGUGCGGCUUUGCUUCAAGACCCUCCGCAACGUUCUUUACGAUCCGAGCAAAUCAAAAGUCGUCUUCAUCUUGCACUCGCAGGGCGGCAUCGAGGGCGGCCUGGUCCUCGACUGGUUGCUGCAAGAGAUGCCGCAGGAUUUGCUGGCCAAGCUCGAGGUGUACACGUUCGGCAAUGCCGCCAAUCACUUCAACAAUCCGCAUCGCCACGCUCUCUCUCAAUCCCUGACGCAGUCCAAGCCGCUCCUUGCCAUCAACACCUUUCUGACCGAGUCGGGCUUUGCCAGCCCUGCCAGCAGCCCAACCGAAGUCAAGAACGGAUUCACCACGCAAGAUCCGGCAACCCCGUUGAGGGAGCCGUCGCUGCCGGUCUCGCGCACUCUGUCAGCGGCCAAGGACAGGGCCAUUGGCCACAUCGAGCACUAUGCGCACAGCACCGACUUUGUCGCUCUGUGGGGCGUCCUUCACUUUGCCACCAACAAGAUGGGCUCGCCGCAGCUCCCUCGUUUUCUCGGCCGGCUUUUCCAACGCUCCACGGGCAGGGGCGGGCAUUUGCUGAACCAGCACUACCUGGACGGCAUGUUUCCCCUGAAGCGGGACCCUGAGACGGGCGAAUUCGUGGGCGCCGACGAUGAGAACGAGUUUAUGGAGGAGAUCAUCAGGUUGGGACACGAGGACGUGGCCAUGGACAAGACCCGAGAGGCGUUCGAUAUCGCAUACGUUGGAACGCGGGACCCGGACGCGAGCGACGCAUCCCUUCCCAUGGCGAACACGAGAAGGGCGGAAAAAAAGGUCAAGGUCAAAGAGCUGAGCCGCCUUUGGAGCUACAGAAACGGACGCAGCCCGCCAGGGAAGCCCCCGAUGCUACAAGUGGAGGACGGCGUGGUGCGGAUGGCGACAUUGUAA